GCUGAGAUCACUUCCGGUAUCUGCACAUCGCGCCAAGAUGGUGGCUUACCAGUACUCGUGGUUUUGGAACGAGCGUUUCUGGCUCCCUCCAAACGUUACCUGGGCGGAUCUCCGCAACACAGACGAGGUGCAGUACCCCCAGACCACGCAGCUGUACGUCUCAGUGGGUUAUGCAGUCGUCCUGCUCAUUAUUCGUCUGAUUUUCGAGCGGUUCAUAGCUGGACCUAUCGGACAGAGUCUGGGAAUCCCCGGCGAGCGCAAGUAUGCAGAACCCAACGCGAUCCUGGAGAAGGUCUUCACGUCCAUCACCAAGAAUCCUGACGAGAAGCGGCUGCAGGGAUUGGCCAAGCAGCUGGACUGGAGCGAGCGACAGGUGCAGCGCUGGUUCCGCCGCCGCCGUAACCAGGACCGCCCCACCCUGCUGCAGAAGUUCAAGGAGGGAAGCUGGCGAUUUACCUUCUACACUCUGUCGUUUUCAUAUGCUGUCACAAUUCUCAAGGAUAAACCAUGGCUGAAGGACAUCAAAUACUGCUGGUAUGACUUCCCUGACCAUCCUCUUACUGAUGACAUCACCUACCUGUACAUCGUUGAGCUGGGCUUCUAUUGGUCGCUCAUCUUCUCUCUCUUCAGGGAUGUCAAGCGGAAGGAUUUUCCCGAACAAGUCAUUCACCACGUCUGUACAAUUGCUCUGAUCUCAUUCUCCUGGGUUGACAACCUAGUGCGCGCUGGGUCCCUUGUAUUUUUGUUGCACGAUGUGUCAGACAUAUUUCUGGAGGCCGCGAAGCUGCUAAACUACGCGAAGUGUCAGGGCCUCUGCGACGCCUGCUUCGUGGUGUUCGCCAUCAUUUUCUUUGUCAGCCGCCUUUUCAUCUACCCAUACUGGCUGGUGUACUCUGCUGCUACGGACAGUACCGUUAUUGCGGGCACGGGCAUGUUCCCGGCGUACUACGUGUUCAACGGGCUGCUCCUCCUGCUGCAGUGCCUCCACAUCUUCUGGGGCAUCACCAUCGCCAAGAUGGCCUACAAGUUCGUCAUCAGCGGAACUGCUGAAAAAGAUGACAGAAGUGAUGUGGAGGAGAACAGCGAUGUGGACGAAAAUGGCAAAAUCAACGGCCUAUACCAGAAUGGCCCCACCUCGAACUCGACCAAUCACGUUCACUAAGCAGUGUCUGGCAGCCAAUCACAGCUGGUUUUACAUUAUCACUAUGGAACUGUCGACCAACCAAAA